AUGUCUGCUCAUGGUGGAGGGACAACUUCGGUGGAAGUGGCGCUCAGAAUUAAACCACUCACACCCGAAGAUCUGGAAAAGCUUCCAACAAGAUUUCAGCGUCAGGUCAUAUCCACAUCGGAUAUUCCAGGUCAAGUAAUAGUCGACGCGGAUAAGAGAUCGGUGUUUCAGUUCGACCAUGUUUUUGGCCCGGAUGCCUCGCAGGAAGUGAUCUAUGAGAGUGCAGUGCUAAAUUUAUUGGAAAAAUUCUUGGAAGGUUACAAUGUAACAAUUCUAGCUUAUGGUCAAACCUCUUCGGGGAAAACGUAUACGAUGGGCACGGCCGAUAACGAAUCAGUACCUCUGGAAUCAAAGGGGAUAAUUCCUCGUACCAUGGCCACCCUCUUUGAACUAAUCAACUCACAAUCUGAUAAGUUUGUUGUAACCGUUUCUUUCAUUGAAAUUUACAAUGAAGAUCUGAUCGAUCUUCUUGGGGAAGGAAAUUUGGAGGAGAGGCCGUUGGUGCAAAUUCGAGAAGAUUCGAAAGGGAAUAUUUAUUGGAUGGGUUUAAGAGAGAUGAGAGUUACGAAUGUUCAUGAGGUUAUGGAACAUUUGUCACGCGGAUCAUUAAACAGGCAGAAAUUCCUAUCCCACAGCUCCGUGGGCCCACCGGCAACGCCUCCUCCUGGUUCUAGACCUGGAACUCCUAAAUAUUCAAGUCGUCCACCUUCACGGGCAACUUCGGCGUUAGGAAAAACCGAUGAUGGCGAGUGGGUGACGAUAAACAGCAAAUUUCAUUUCGUAGAUCUUGCGGGCAGUGAGAGGUUAAAACGUACCGCCGCGAGCGGAGAUCGCGCAAAAGAAGGAAUAUCCAUAAACUCCGGGUUACUGGCAUUGGCAAAUGUGAUAUCCGCCUUAGGGGAUCAAAAUACGGCGAAACACUCGACGCAUGUUCCAUAUAGGGAUUCGAAACUCACCCGUCUUUUGCAAGAUUCUCUUGGUGGGAAUGCUCAAACGUUAAUGAUCGCAUGCGUAUCACCAGCCGAGUUCAAUCUCACGGAGACGACAAACACGUUAAAGUAUGCACACCGAGCUCGCAACAUCAAAAACACAGCAAAGGUGAAUCAAGAGGAGUCUGGAUGGAAUGACGUUGGACAUCUACAGGGUUUGGUGUUAAAACUUCGCACGGAGGUAUCAUCUCUCAAAGCUACUAUUGCUAGUGGCCACCAGUUUCAAUCCAGCGGAAGUGUUACUCCCGGACGGGUUACACCAACAACACCAACCACAUCAACAUUCUCCGGUGGAAUUAAACUUCCGGGAAGAAGUACACCGACCGGGAGGAAUACACCAACUUCCGGAAUUCCGGGACGAAGUACGCCAACUUCCGGGAUUCCCGGAAGAAGCACACCAACUUCGGGGAUUCCAGUUCCCGGAAGGAGCACACCAACUUCGGGGAUUCCAGUUCCCGGAAGAAUUACACCUGCCUCUGGAAUUCCUAUUCCUGGGAGAAUUGCACAGACUUCGGGGAUUCCGGUUCCCGGAAGAAACGCAUUGACACCAGGAAUUCCAACAAGGAAUGCACCAUCGGGUCUUUCCAAUGGUAAGGACGCACACAUUCGCAGAAGACCUUCCUCACCUUUGACCUCUUUCUCGAACGGUGCCAAUUCGCAAUUACACAAAGAAAAGGAAGUCGAAACAUUGGAAGAGGAAAUAUUGUACCUCCAACAAUCAUAUGCCGAGUUAUCCCAGAGAUAUGCAAGGAUAUCUGCAGAAUUAGCAAUGCAUCAAGAUAAUUAUGAUGGGAUGGAAAAUUUGAAAAACGAACCAUUAACCGAAGAAUAUAAGGACAGGAUGUCCGAACUUGAAGAUAAACUUACGGAUGUUAGCAGGGCCCUGAUUCAGUCAGAGAGCUCACUGAAAGAGAGAGAAAUUCAGCUCAAGAAUUUAGAAGAACAAAACAGCGCAAUCGUCAUUAACCUUGAAAGCAAAAUUAAAGAUCUUGAAUCGAAACUCCAGAAGCAAGAGAUUGAAGCUCGUAUUAAAACAACACGUGACAAUUCCCCGGAAUCAUUCAUUAGUGAGACUGUUAAAUUACUGGAGAAACGUUUGGAAGAGAGAGAGGCGGAUUACGAAAAAUUAGAGGCCGAGUAUAAAAGAGUCGGUGCAGGUGAGAUCAAAACGCAGUCGACCGAUGAAAAGUCGAGGGGCUUCGUCGAAGUUGUGGAACACGCUGAAGCUGACUCUGCCACUGCCUCUGCUCGUCAUGAAAUUGUCGAGAAAGAACUUUCAGAGUUAAGAAAAGUCCACAGCUCGACUGUCGAACAGCUUAACGAGCUAAAAGCUAAACAACAGGAGCACAUUGAUCAAAUAGAGGAACUCAAGUUACAACGCGAAAUACGCAACACCGAUGGCAAUGAUUCAUCUGUCGUCGAGAUGGAAACCAAGUUGGAGGAGUCGAAGAGGGAGCAUGAAAAGACUAUGGCUGAGCUUCGAGAGAUCACCACAAGGUAUCAGGAUUGUCUUCAGCGCGUUCAGGAUCUCGAGCUGCAAGCUGAAGGAUACGUUCAUCACAAAGCAAUAAACGAAUUGCAUUCGAUCUCAUCGACGCCAAUCACUCCAAUGACUCCGGGGACUCCAUAUAAUGAACAACACAAGAACACUAACUUCAACACGGCAUCUCCUUACCGACCUACCAUCCACAGAAAAUCAAAAUCAUUAUCUGUCGACCUAGUCGGCGCGGAAAAGCGCGAUGUUGUGCACUCUUCAAUUGUCGAGAAGUUGCAGUUUGAACUCCAGCUCUUUGAAUCGUUUCACAAAGAUAAGACCGAAAGUCUGAAUAAUGUCAAGGAUGAGUUGGAAAAGUUGGAAAAGAAUCAUUAUGAAACUCUCCUGGUAGUAGAUGAACUUCGCGAAGAAAUUAAAAGGCGUGACUCUGAAGCUAAAAAAGGGACCUUGGCGCACGAAGUUGAAUCGCAAUCGCGUGAAUCACAAAAGGUCACUGAUCCCGAAUUGGACAAUGGAAUUGGACGGGAAAAUGUGGAUACCGCUCAGAAGGCAUACGAGAGGCGGAUAAAUGAAUUGGAGGAAGAAUUGACGAAUCUUAAAAGUGGUCCAUCCGCAGAUUCUCGUGACGGGGAAGAGAUCACGAUGCUCGAAGAGGUGACCAAGCUGCAAGCGAAAAUUGAAGAAUUAAUAACUUUACGUGAUGAACACGAGAACACAAUUAAGCGUCUCGAAAACGAACUGAAGACUACUAGGGAGACACAACUUACGAUCAGUCAAGAAAGGAAUGGUGGGCCGGUGGCCGCAGCCGAGUCUGCUGUAAAUGAUCCAAUUACUUCAUAUGUCAUCGCCACCGAUGAGGGUUCCUCUGCGGACAAACUUGAACAGAAUGUUGAUGAAAAUGUUAUGGCGCUGGAGGAUACAGUGAAGAGUCUUGAAGCGCAACUGACCAAGGUUCAGGAAUCGAAUAAUGUUCAGUUGCAAAUUUUAUCACCAAGUGAAGACAUUUUCGAUCACUCACAGAAAACAGUUGAUACGCUUCUAUCUCAACUUUCAUAUUUGCGUCAGGAAUUCUCGAAUGCUUCUAAAGAAUCGCAAAUUUUGAAUAAUUCUAAAGAUUUGACGUACACUCUACAAUCGCAACUCGAAUCUAUUCGAUCGGAUGUUCAACAUAAAAACGAAUUAAUCGAGUUAUUAAAACAAGGUAUGCUGGAUCAAACCAGUCUGCAAACAGAGCUGAAGGAAAAAAAGACGGUGAUUGCUGAGUUGACGAAACAAUUGGAAGAGGUCAAGUGUCUGAAUGUCGAAAUUCAAAAACAGAUUCAGUCUCUCCAAGCUCAAGUUGACCCUGAAGAAUUGAAAUCCUUGCGAGAAGAGUUGACCGUUUUAAAAGAAACAGGAUCUGAACAACAGAAAACAAUUUCACAAUUGCAAGGUCAGCUUCGGGAAACCAAAGAUACCAAAGAUUCGAUUCUUGAUCAAUUGGAAGAAAUGAAGGGAAACCUUCGCGCUCAAACAAACCUUGUUUCCACGCUUGAAAGCAAUCUGCAAACGGCGAUGGAAGAAUUAAACCUGACCAGAAAGAAUCAUGUCGCGAGUGAAGGGCAAAUCAAAGAGUUAACGAAUAUUUUAUCCGCCACCGUAGAACAACGAAAUGAAUUUGAGAAUAAGGUUCAGUCAUUGGAAAACGAGAUUAAGGAACUAACGUCGAAAAGGACUCAUGAAGCGGAGGAUUUCGAGUUACUUCAGGAACAAUUGAUGAGCACCAAGCGCGCCAUGGAUGAACGGAAUCAACUUUUUGUUGAAUUAGAAAGCAAAUUAAAAGAAAUGGAGCAAGAAAAAGACGGCUAUUCUGAACUUAACGAGGAGCUCGAUAAAAUGAUAGCGGAAAAGGAUGUUCGGCAUGAAGAAGCCGUAAACGUGUUCAGGGUCACGAUAAGGAAUCUACAAGAGGAACUUGAAGAAGCAAAGAGAAGCGCACAGAUGCAUCAAGAAUCCAUGAGCAGUCUCAGCGAAAAGCUAGUCGCAGUUAGUUCCCAUCUUGAAGAAGUUAGAGCGUCUGAUGAGAGGAAGAGCUUGGCCUUGAAAGAAGUUGAUACCACCCUAUCGGAGAAAGAACAAUUGGUCAUCGAGAAAGAUGCAUUUGUUGCUGAGCUAAAGGCAACACUUCAAUCAGUUCAGGAGGAAAAUAUAUCAAUGAUGGCGUUAGAAUCCGCGCGCGUCAAGGAACUCCAAGAUCAAUUGGAUGAAUUUGAAAAAAAACUUCAGUCAGCACCAACUAUCGAAGAACUUAACAUCGUCAAAAGUUCGGCAGUACGGAAGGAAAAUCUGGUUAGAGAGUUGGAGAAAAAAAUAGAAGAAAUGGAACAAAAUAAAUCGGCUGAAUUGGAAGAGUUGUAUUCUAAUAUUGACAAGCUAAUCAAUGAAUUGGAAGAAGCUAAAGCUCAAGGAUCUGCACAAUCAGGAUCGGUCAAAGAGUUGGAGGACACGUUAGCGGAAAAGGAAAGUAGAUUGAGUGAACUAAAUACCUCAUUGAAUGAGAUGCAGACGCAACUAAGUCAAAUGAAAGAGACGGAAGUUGAACACGCAGAGCUAAUUCAGGCCUUGGAAUCCGAAUUACAAAAUGUUCAAAAUAGCCUUAAUGACGAGGUUUCUAAGUUAAGUAUUGCCAAUAAGGAGGUGGAGACGCUCAAAGAACGAUGUGAAGUUCUGCAAAACGAAGUCGAAACUACCAAGAAUGAGAUGACCAUUAAGGAUAGUGCGGCGAAUGAAAGUCACAAAUUAUUGGAAGGGAUUCAGAUCCAACUUCUCCAAGCUCAGAAAGAAUUAGAAAUCCACCAAGCAAAUGUUGAAGAGCUGAGAAAGAAAACAAAUCAGCUAGAGAAUGAAAGGGACAUUCACACUUCAACCAAUCAGGAGCUCGAAGAACAAAUUCGGAAAUUACAGGAAGAAUUAGAAUCCUUGGCCGUUGAAUUCACCGAUGUGUCUACCAGAUACGAGGACAUGGAAAUUCGUUUGGAGGAAAAAACGAAUCGGAUCAACGAGCUGGAGUCUUCUCUUGAAGAGAUUAUCAAGAUCGAGGCGAACGAUAUCGAGCGUUCGGUUGACCAUAACGAUCUGCAGCGAGAUGAAUCUAUCAAAUCUCUGCAGGCGAAAAUUGCUGAACUUGAGCGACGACCGACGGAGGAAUAUAUGAAAAGCCUCGAGGUGAAUCCCGACGAGAUUACGGAACUGAAUAAAAAGAUUGCCGAACUGGAGCAAAAAACAAGUGAAAAAUCAGAACUUAUCGGAGAUUUGGAGAAUAUGAUGAAAGGGAACAAUGAAUCGUUGGAGGGUGCUAAACAGCAACUGGAGAUUUUGAGGCAAGAGAAAUCUGAUCUUCAAAAACAAACGGAAAUUUUAAGAGUUCAGCUGAAAGAGGCGCAAACCAAUUACGACAAGUUCAGGUUGACUGUCGAGGAAGAAAAGAAAGAGAUGGAAACGGCUCUGGAAAAGGAAAGAAAGGAAAAAAGACGGGUGGAGGCAGCAUUCUCGCAAUUAGAAAGUCAAUUCGAACAACUUCAGCUAUCGAGAAAGAAAAGAUUUGCUUGUUUUUAA